AUGGGUAUGGGGAUAAUCAAAAUAGCCAAUGCUAAACAAAAGCUCAAGAGAUCCAUUACGCCGAAGAAGAACGGAUUGCUAGGUGCGACAGAUUCGCCGAAGAAAGGCCAUUUUGCUGUUUAUGUCGGCGAGACAAACAGGAGAUAUGUCAUCCCGAUAUCUACCUUGGACCACCCUUUGUUUCGGGAGCUCUUACAUUGGGCAGAAGAAGAAUUUGGUUUUGACAACUCAGAAGGAGGUCUUAAAAUUCCUUGCAGUGAAGAUUACUUUGAAGGUCUCAUUUCCCUAAUAAAUUCUACUUGA